AUGUUGAGACACUUGCUGCUCGGGCUCACCGCCUGCUCGAGCCUAACCAUUGCGGCGCCUCUAUUGCACGAAGCCACUGAUCUCUCCACUACCCUCACUCGCCGCGCCACGGUUGAUAGCUGUCCUGGCUAUACCGCCUCUAAUGUUGUUAAGAGCGAUUCUGGUUUGACUGCCGACCUCACACUCUCCGGCGACGCCUGCAAUGCGUACAGCGACGACAUUAAGGACUUGAAAUUGCUUGUCGAGUACCAGACCAACGAUCGCCUGCACGUCAAAAUUUAUGAUGCCGACCUCCAGGUUUACCAGGUUCAAGAAGAAGUCUUCCCCCGGCCAAAGAAUGAGGAGGCAUCAGCGGGCAAUGCCGCCCUGCAAUUCGAUAUCCAGCAAAACCAGUUUUCGUUUACAGUCAAGCGCAGGGAAAACGGCGAGGUUCUCUUCGAUACUGCAACUGUCCCCCUGGUGUUCGAAAAGCAGUAUGUGCGCCUCCGGACGAAGCUUCCCGACAACCCCAACAUCUACGGAUUGGGCGAGCACAGUGACUCGUUCCGCUUCCAUACCCAGGACUACGAACGCGUGCUCUUGAACACCGAGUCGAUUAAUAUCCCAAACAACGCCAACCUGUACGGUUCCCACCCAGUCUACUUUGACCACCGCGGUGCCAAGGGUACGCAUGGUGUUUUCAUGCUCAACUCUAGCCCGAUGCAAGUGAAUCUUGUAAAGCCGUCCAACAGUUCCCAGUAUCUCGAGUAUAACCUCAUUGGUGGAGUCAUUGAUCUGUACUUCAUGGCUGGCAGCAAGCCGGCCGAUGUCUCUACACAGUAUGCUGAUAUCGCCGGUUACUCUGCCAUGUACCCAUACUGGACCUUUGGUUUCCACCAGUGCAAGUACGGCUACUUUGACGUCAACAUGGUUGCUGAAGUUGUCGCCAACUACUCGACUGCUGGCAUCCCGCUCGAAGUCAUGUGGACGGAUAUCGAUUACAUGAAUCUCCGCGAGGAUUUUACGACCGACCCAGAGCGCUUCCCACUCUCAAAGAUGCGUGAGCUGGUAUCAACCCUUCACUCUCGCGAUCAGCGUUACGUCUUGAUUCUGGACCCUGGUGUUCAUGCGGUCGGCAAUUAUACGCCCUACGAAAAAGGACACGAAAUGGAAGUCUUUCUCAAGGGUGCUGAUGGCUCUGACAUUCUUGGAGUCCAGUGGCCUGGAGCGGUUGCAUGGCCUGAUUGGUUCGCGCCCAACACUGGCAAGUGGUGGACAGAUGAGAUCCAGCAGCAGUUCAAUGCCGACACUGGCAUUGACCUCGAUGGACUUUGGGUCGACAUGAACGAGGCCUCCAACUUUUGCCAGGACCCUCAGACUUGUAACGCACGCCAAAAGGCCAUUGAUGAUGGCAUCCCGCCCAAGCCCGCACACCCACCGCGCCCAAACACUGGGCGUCCUAUUCCCGGCUUCCCUGCAGACUUCCAGCCUUCAUCUGGCAGUGGCUCAGCCAAGGCACGUGACGUAAAGUCUGUUUCUGCCCGCCAGUCCUCUGGCGGCAACAUGAAGGGUUUGCCCGAUCGCAACUGGUUUAAACCCGCCUACCACGUCAACAGCCAUCUUGGCGACGUCUCGCAACAAACCAUUCCCAUGAACACAACAAACUACGAUGGCUCCUGGCAGUACGACACGCACAACCUGUACGGCAGCAUGAUGGCCUCUGCGACCCGCGACUCGAUGCUGGCCCGUCGCCCCAAGCUCCGCCCGUUUGUGCUCACCCGCUCCACCUUUGCAGGAAUCGGUCGCAAGGCUGCACAUUGGUUCGGCGACAAUUCGUCCAUCUGGGAACACUACCGGACGUCGAUUCGACAGAUGCUUUCCUUUGUGUCCAUGCACCAGAUGCCCAUGGUCGGGUCCGAUGUGUGUGGCUUCAACGGCAACGCCGACAAGUACAUGUGCGCGCGCUGGGCCGUUCUAGGCGCCUUCCAGCCCUUCUACCGCAACCACGCCGAAAUCAGCACCAUCCAGCAGGAAUUCUACCAGUGGCCCAUUGUUGCCGAGGCAGCUAAAAAGGCCAUUGAAGUCCGCUACAAGCUGCUCGACUACAUCUACACGGCGCUGCACUACCAGACGCAAAAGGGCACGCCCAUGAUCAACCCGCUCUUCUUCCUCUACCCAGAAGAUGAGAAGACAUUUGGCAUCCAGGAGCAAUGGUUCUACGGCGACGCGCUCCUCGUCUCGCCUGUCGUUGUAGACUACUCGGACACAGUCACCUUCUACAUGCCCAACGACGUCUUCUACGACUACUGGACGUACGCGCGCGUCGACGGCCAGGGCCAAAACGUCACUGUCAGUAACCUGACGUACAGCGAGAUCCCCGUGCAUAUCCGUGGUGGCACAAUCAUCCCGCACCGCGUCAACAGCGCAAACACGACAAAGGCGCUGCGCAACGAGGACUUUUUCCUGCUCGUCGCCCCUGACGCCGACGGCAAGGCUACUGGCCGCUUGUACCUCGACGACGGCGAGAGCCUCGACCAGCCCAAAACUAGCGAAAUCGCCUUUUCAUACGAGGGAGGCAAGUUCAGCGCUACGGGCUCCUUUGGAUACGCCGCCUCGGGCAGCGAGAGCAUCACCGUGGCAAAUGUUGUGGUGCUGGGCCAAACCAAGGCUGGUGCCACUGGCUCGUUUGACUCGGACAAGCAGACAGUCGAUGUCAAGGGCCCGUGGAAACUCGACGGCGAAUUUGCAUUUUCACUGUGA